AUGUGGACUUUCCAGUUUGAGAACAAGGACUCCAACGUGCAUCAGGAAAGAAUUGAUGCAUACUCAGCUGCAUCUCUGAAAACUAGUCCUUAUGCCAUUCCAUGUGUGAGACCUGAUGGCUUCCCUAGUAGCCACGUCAUUUUGCCUCUUGCCCAUAUUGUAGAGCAGGAGGAGUUCUUGGAGGUGGUUCGGCUAGAGGGUCAUGCAUUCUCACCUGAAGAUAUACCUUUGGCGCAUGACAUGUAUUUACUUCAGUUGUGUAGUGGGGUAGAUGAAAAUGCAGUUGGUGCCUGUGCGCAGCUUGUCUUGAUUGGAGAUGAGCUAUGAAAGUGAUGCCCAUCAUCAGUGACGUGCUCAUCAACGGAAGCAAGAACCCAGAAAGACAGACGCAUCUGAAUAUGAAUCCCACAACACAGUGUCUCUGAGUGCAAGUGCCCUUUGCUUUGCCUCCCUUGUUGUCUAAAGCUGAGCUUCUUCGGAAAGAAUACCAGUAGCGUCACUAGCU